AUGCCCCUCCAGGACUCAUCAUCUGCUCUGGUGAAGAGGAAAUACCUGGGACAACAGUCACACCUGGACGGAGACAUCCUUCCCGACCCCCCAAAAACCUGGCCUGAAUCCCCACUCAUAAAAGCACAUGAUAUUGCUUCGUCAAUGUCCCAGACUCAGGCAGAGAGAAUGAGAUCAGUUUUCAUCAACGUCUCCAAGAUCCCCCUGCUCUUCCUCUUCCUGUACAUGUUCGUCUGCUCACUGGAUGUCCUGAGUUCUGCCUUCCAGUUAGCAGGAGGUAAGGUGGCUGGGGACAUCUUCAACGACAAUGCCAUACUGUCCAACCCGGUGGCAGGGCUGGUGGUGGGAAUCCUGGUGACGGUUCUGGUCCAGAGUUCCUCUACCUCCACCUCCAUUGUCGUCAGCCUCGUCUCCUCGGGCCUACUCAAUGUGAGGUCUGCCAUCCCAAUCCUCAUGGGAUCCAAUAUUGGGACGUCCGUCACCAACACCAUCGUUGCUCUGAUGCAGGCUGGAGAGAGGGAUGAGUUUGAACGGGCAUUUGCUGGAGCGACGGUGCAUGACUGUUUUAACUGGCUGUCAGUGCUGGUGCUACUGCCCCUGGAGGCAACCACAGGCCUGCUGAGAAGACUGUCUCAGGCUGUAGUUGACACCUUCCACAUCAGCUCUGGAGAUAAGGCCCCAGAGAUGCUCAAGGUCAUGACUGAACCACUCACCAAACUCAUCAUUCAGUUGGACAAGUCUGUCAUCACAGGCAUCGCCAUGGGAGAUGAGGCCAUGAGUAACAGGAGUCUGGUGAGGGUAUGGUGUAAGAAUCACAUCCUAACGUCCUCUGUGAAUGUUUCUGUUGGUGAUUCCUUCAACUGUACGUCAGUACAACCCUGUUGGCAAAGCAAUGCAACAACCUGGACAACACAGAACAUGACUCUGCUUGUAAAUAUAGAAAAAUGCAGCCAUCUGUUUGUGGACUCGUGGUUGUCCGACCUGGCGGUAGGCCUCAUUCUGCUAGCCUGCUCUCUUCUGCUCCUGUGCACCUGUUUGUUGCUGCUGGUCAAGCUGCUCAAUUCUCUGCUCCAAGGCCAGGUGGCUAAGGCCAUCCAGAGGAUCAUCAACACAGACUUCCCCUACCCGUUUGGCUGGCUGGCAGGUUACCUGGCCAUCCUAGUGGGGGCUGGCAUGACCUUUGUGGUUCAGAGCAGCUCAGUGUUCACCUCUGCCAUCACUCCUCUCAUAGGGAUUGGUGUUAUCAGCAUUGAACGUGCCUACCCGUUGACCCUGGGGUCAAACAUUGGUACAACCACCACAGCUAUCCUGGCAGCAUUGGCAAGCCCAGGGGACAAGCUGGCCGCAGCUUUCCAGGUCGCCUUGUGUCAUUUCUUCUUCAACAUACUGGGCAUUCUGCUGUGGUACCCUGUGCCCACCACCCGCCUACCCAUCCGAAUGGCCAGGACUCUGGGGCAGCGCACGGCCAAGUAUCGCUGGUUCGCUGUACUCUACCUGCUUCUGUGCUUCCUGCUCCUGCCCUCGCUUGUCUUCGCCCUCUCCAUGGCAGGCUGGCAGAUAAUGGCUGGGGUGGGCGUGCCCUUCGCUGCGGCCCUCCUCUUGGUGUCUGUGGUGAACAUGCUGCAGGUACACAGGCCAGGCUGUCUGCCAGUGAGGCUGCAGAGCUGGGACUUCCUGCCUGUCUGGAUGCAUUCCCUUCAACCCCUGGAUACCCUACUCACCAAGGUGACCCUGUGCUGCGCUAAAGGAGGCAGCGAGCCUGGUCUGAUACAGUGCUCUAUGGAUCAUGAUGGUCCUCAGAAGAGGAGCCACAUGGCUUUGGACAACCUUGUUCUGUGUUACAUAGGCGAGGCCCCCACAGUGGUAAUGUCCCAGGGGGCAGACGAAGCCCCCACAGUGGUAAUGUCCCAGGGGGCAGACGAAGCCCCCACAGUGGUAAUGUCCCAGGGGGCAGACGAAGCCCCCACAGUGGUAAUGUCCCAGGGGGCAGACGAAGCCCCCACAGUGGUAAUGUCCCAGGGGGCAGACGAAGCCCCCACAGUGGUAAUGUCCCAGGGGGCAGACGAAGCCCCCACAGUGGUAAUGUCCCAGGGGGCAGACGAAGCCCCCACAGUGGUAAUGUCCCAGGGGGCAGACGAAGCCCCCACAGUGGUAAUGUCCCAGGGGGUGGACAGGGUCAGGAGCACACGUCUGUAGAUCUUAUGACACUGGAACAACAGGGAGACAGAGCAGAAUAUCUUGUGAAAGCAGCAUUGUGGACUGCAAGAAAUGAGCAGUGAUGAUCUAAUGUUAUGGAACAACGAGACUGAAGCAGGAAACUGUAGGAGCUUAUGGUUGCAUGAAAACAUGUCUCCACUCACAGUCAGUUCCUUUAUGGAUUGCGGAAAUCAUGCAUGAUGCCAGCAGCUACAAAACAAUGUUUACUGUGGUUGAGUUAUGUCAUGUACUGUACUUCAAAGCCACGGAAUCAAUGAGAGUUUAUUAUUUACUCACAGUAACUCUCUUUCCAGACAAAUGUUUGGGCCUAUCGCCUACAGGACAUAUGUAUUUUAUCAUAAUUUCCCACAAUCAGGAUAGCAUUUCACUUUCUGUCAAAACAAACACUUCUUCCUCUUUGCUAUCAGAGGUUAGUAAAUGUCUGUCUCUCUGCUGAAAAUGCAGGAAGUCUGAUUGAAUAGAACGACAAAAACCACUCAGCCAAUUAAAAGGCCUUAAAAAAAAGAAUCCAAGUUAUGCAUAUGAAUGGCUGCGUAAUUGAAGCUAUAUAGGAGGGAAUGGGCGCCUCCACACGCUAAUUAUAACGCAGCGGGGCUCUGAAUGGUUGAUUAAACAUCCAUUUGGUGGCAUAAUGGCAAGUGAUUUCCCCAGUUUCAAUACAUUUUAGGCUUAACGUCUCCUCGCUACUCUUUGAACAAUUGGUACUUUUAACCACAUGCAUAUUCCAGAGAGUUAAAAUUAGAUGAUUUGAUCAUUUUGUUCAAAAUCACAAUUAUUGUACAUAUAGGAGUUUCAUAUUUGGGAUGAGAUGGGAAGCAAUUGUUAUAUAUGCUAAAUGUAUCAAGUCAACCGUGUGUAACACAGAUAGACAUUCAUCUAUCUUUCCUGUUUAAAAGACACAGCAGAUCAGGGCUUUUCACUGGCCCAGUUUCUCCA